CAUUUCAAAUGUUACCCUCUUUGCCCCAUCCAACCACCCCCGCUUCCCACCUUCCUGCCCUGACAUUCCCCUACAUUGGGGCGUCCAGCUGUGGCAGGACCAAGGGCUUCUUCUCCAUUUGGUGCCCAACAAUGCCAUUCUCUGCUACAAAUGCAGUUGGAGCCAUGGGUCUGUCUAUGUGUACUCUUUGGGUAGUGGUUUAGUGCUUGGGAGCUCUGGUUGGUUGGUAUUGUUCUUAUGGGUUUGAAAGCCCCUUUACCUCCUUCAACCCUUUCUCUAAUUCCACCAACAGGGACCCCAUUCUCAGUUCAAUGGUUUGCUGCCAGCAUUCACCUCUGUAUUUCUCAGGCUCUGGCAGAGCCUCUCAGGAGAUAGCUAUAUCAGACUCCAGUCAGCAUGCACUUUUUGGCAUCAGCAAUAUUGUCUGGGUUUCAUGAUUGUAUGUAUAUGGGCUCCAUCCCUAGGUCGGGCAGGUUCUGAAUGGCCAUUCCUUCAGUCUGUGCUCCAAACUUUGUCUCCACAUCUCCUCCUAUGAAUAUUUUUGUUACCCCUUCUAAGGACCAAAGCAUUCACACUUUGGUCAUCCUUUUCCUUGAUCUUCAUUCUGUGUGCAUGUGUGGUAGGGGUCAUGAAACAACCUCUCAGAAUUGACCUCUCUCAAAGACCAUACUAAGAGUCUGAGCAGGAGGAGACAGGAAACUUCUACUUCAGGGUAGAAACUUUCAGUAACUUAGAAUGCCAGAUAAGGGUUAUCAAGUUGGAUCUUGGAGGUAUUUGUUCAGAGAUAGACGUAUCCCAAGCAAUCUGUCCAAUUCCUAGGUAUCCUACCUGAAAAUGAGGAAAGUUCAUGUAAGAAAGCAAGAGGAAUGGAUGGGAAGCAAGGAAUAAACUGUAAAGUCCUGUCAGGAGCCAUUUAGGAAACACUAAGGCUAGCAGGUGGCCUUCCUGGAGGAGGCCUCACUCUCUGCUUGAACUAAGAUGGCUGAGCUGUGAGAUGCAAGGCCUCAAAGAGACUUCAUCUCGGGAUUGCUUUUGGCAAGUGCUGUGCCUUUCCUCUCAUUAUGGAAUUAGUGUAAUAAUCCUUGGGCUUUAACCCACCCCAUUGAGCAGAUUUCCUGCAGAUCAACCUAAAGAUGACUUCAUGAAUCAAUACUGUUCAGAUGAAUAAUGAUUUUAUUGAAUUCCUGAUUUGAUCUUAGGAAGAAAGGGUUUUUUUUUGUUUGUUUGUUUGUUUUUUUCUUUCGGAGCUGGGGACCGAACCCAGGGCCUUGCGUUUGCUAGGCAAGCGCUCUACCGCUGAGCUAAAUCCCCAACCCCAGGAAGAAAGUUUUAAGAGGUGGUUUUAGUUGGUUUCCUGGGGAUACAUAAUCAAGAAUAGAAAUGUUCCAAUUCCUCAUAAUAUUUAGUAAAGGCUGUAUAAUAAAUACAGUGAGCUUUCAUACCCCAACCACAAAGACCACAAAUAGACUUGGGAGAAAUCUGUGAUCCAGGAAAACCAUUCUAGUUCAUGUUGGCAGUGAAGCCCCUGGUGUGCAAUAUGGCGAUGCAGGCCCCUGGGGAAGAGGUGCUUUGGGUUUAUACCGCUCUUACGGGACAGAGCUGCUUGCAACUCAGUAUCUACAUCCUUCUGUCACUCCCAUUCUGUGCAACAUUUAUCUAUGAAAGUGCCAGAGAACAGAAAUAAAGAUGGUGGGGUUGCACUGGGGAGCUUUCCAUGAACCCAGGCUGCAGGCACACUGGGAAACCCUGUACAUGAGCACUGCAAGCUAGGCUGGAUUUCAGGGCAGUACAGGAACCUCACCAUGGACAGACCGUGGGCUCUCACCCUACAGGAAUGACCAUGGAGCCACAAUCUUGAUAGUGUGUUACAUUUGGUUAACCCAAACCUUGAGCUUGAAUGACCCUUUCAGCACCCACUUCCUCUUAGUUUCAGCUCCCCCUGCUAAGGAAUUGGUCCACGAUUGGAAGGCAGAGAGGGGAUGAGUCAUUGGGAAUGACCUGGGCUUUUGAACCCUUCAAACCCAGCCCCAGAGAUAGAGCUCUUCUCAAGGCCACACUGCCCAAUACUUCCCAAACAGUUCUACCCGCUAGGAUCAACUAUUGUAGCUCAGGACCCUACGGAGACCAUCCUCAUUCAAACCCCUACCUAGGUCCUUAGCAUGAUCACUAGGAAGAAAAAGGCCGUUAAGGCAAAAGUCAAGACGGUUUCUGUGGCAAUGUGGUGAGAGGGGCACCCUCCACUGUAGGUCCACAUGGAACAUGUGUGGGGGAUUGUAAGUGAAAAACACCGUGUGCAUAAGUCUGUGGUCUGGGGUGGCUUUUUGUUCCUAAAGUCCAGGGAGCUGGUUUUUUUUUUUUUUCUUUUGUUGCAACCAAAGAACUCCUGUGUUCAUGUCUUGGUUUAAUUUCUUGUCCAUGGGUUGGGAUUUCCCUUGCACCUGUCAGCAGAGGUCAAGGAAAAGUACUCAAUCUCCCUUCAAGGCAAGCCUCUUCAGAAAGAAAAACCGCAAGAGUGAGUAUAUGGUGCUUUUCCCUAUAGCUCUGUGGGCUUGACUCUGUAAAAUUAGCCCACCCUGGGGGUUGGGGAUUUAGCUCAGUGAUAGAGCGCUUGCCUAGAAAGCGCAAGGCCGUGAGUUCGGUCCCCAGCCCCGAAAAAAAGAAAAAAGAAAAAAAAAAUUAGCCCACCCUGGCUUUGCAGGGACUUGAAAGCCAUAAAAGUACUACCCAGAAAUCACAGAAUACUACAUAGUAUUGCUAUGAAUGUUCUGAUUCUGAAUUCAAGUUUCAAGUUUCAUGUCGUGAUGACAUCUAGCUUUUUCAAUAAUAAUUGAGCGUUUGUCCUGGCAGAAGAACGUUCUUAACUACAAGGAGAAGGCACAGAAGCUAUCUGAACACAAUAUAAUGGCAUUCAAAUCCUGCCCCAAAGCAAAGCCCACACAACCUGUUUAUGCAGACAGCACUGUCAAGUGUUUGACUUUGUUUUUGCCAUAAAUCCUAGAGCAGUACCUUGUGACCCAGAGACUUUCAAUACCCCAGAACUUGUUCUGAGGGAGUCAUACAAUAGUAACGUUGGGUGGAGUCUGGGCAGGAAGCUCUCUGAGAUGAGGGCACAGGGCUCCUCCUCUGCAAAGGGAACACACAGGGUGAGCUGCAGGCCUAAAUCCUAAGAGGGAGCCACGAAGUUCCAGGGACCAUCUCUGCUCAGCUAAAAGCCCUCAUGUACCAACUUUUGACAGUUGCCUCAGAGAAGGCACCCACUAGAAGAUAUUCAGAAACUCCGUGCUUCACCAAAUAUGAGUGAGCAAAGUUCACAGACUAUUCCAAGUGAGGCCUACGCAGGCCACCCCAUCCUAGCCCUCCAUGUUCUGUGACUUUGGUGUGACACAUAUCAUGUGUGCAUCUGUGCAGAAGAGAGAGUAUGAGGAAAUAAUGGGGACACACUUAAUAUCAAAGGUCUUGUGAUCGAUCAACUUGGGCUUGGCUAUAGGACGGUCACAAGGACUUGUCCCUGGCAGUAGACCUUUCUAUACCCCACAAUUUCCUCUCCUUCAGUUUUCCCCAUAAGGAAGAGGCAUUGAUCCUGUCCGUGUCUGUUCAGGACACUGAACAACAGCAGCUGCCUGAAGACAGUGCAGGGGGUAAACGUGUCUCCAGGUUUUUCCUUUUCUUCUGUUGUCCCCUGAAGGAGAGCCCCAGGUAGAGCCCAGGACCCAGUGUUCUUCUGUGACUGUCCCUGUGUGAGCUUCAGCAGGAAGGGAGCCCUUCAGCUCUCAGGAGCCCUUGCCUUUUGGGCAAUACCCUGGCUGCAAACAGAGGAGCCACAGAAGAGGCAGAGGAGAGAGUGGAGGCUUGUCUGUCAGGGUUCUUUACAGACUGCCUGCGGCUUGAAAGAGUUCCAUCCUUGAACCUUCCCCGGAUUGCACUGCUAAGCCCUCACACUUGGGAAGGUGUUAUACACAGGCCUCCUGCAGGGAGGCAGGGACAGAUUGGUUUCCCUAGGAUAGGACUUUAGCAUGGGCUGAAGUGCAUAGAAAGAAUUCCCUGUCAUAUGAGGACCCAGAGAAUGGCAGCAUCUGCAAACCAGGAAGGGUGUCACUGGGAAUCAACUCAUGUGUCACUUCAUGAGUACUAAUUGCAAAUGCAUUUCCCCUGGUCUCUGAGCAAAAGCUGAGGGAUUAAGCCCACAGCACAUUAAGGGAAAAAGAGCUCUGCACAAAGCCCAUCCACACUCAGAAGCAGCCCUAAAGGGUUAGGGACAGGCCUGAGUCUACAAAGCUAGCCUACAGACACUGAACUCUACUGUGCACAAAAGUCAGACUCCAGAGAGAAAUAUUAUAGAAUCUCUUUGAAGUGGCAAUGUUCCCAGGCUUACACCCUAGGAAUAUCAUACACUUACUUGUCAUAACUGAUUGAAAGUGUCCUAAAUGCAGUUGACAAUAUCAUAAUAGAUAUUUGUCUAUGGCCAGCCUGCUGUGUGAGCUACGUAAAAGAGCACUGGGGAGAUGCAAUGGGAGGAAUAAUUGAUCCAGGUCAUCAAAGGGGGCAGCAGAGACGUCAUUUGUUGUGUGAACUCCAUCAAGCCACUGAAUCGAUCCUGCACUCCUUAGUAUGCACACUGCUCCUCAAAAAUGCUUGCUUGGCCUCUCUUGGAAGCUCUCGGACAUGUCUGUGAGCUCUUUGUGGAGAACCCUUUUUUUUUUUUUUAAAAAUCUUUAUUGGUUAUUUAACUUAAUUAAUUUAAGUUAAUUUAUUUAAUUUCAAACGUUUUCCCACAUCCCAGUGUCACUUCCUCAAACAUCCUCCCCCAUCCCCCUUUUCUCCUGCUUCUCUAAGGGUGUUCCCCCACCCCCCUACUGGGCGGGAGCCUCACUGCCCUGGCAUUCCCCUACACUGGGGCAUUGAGCCUUCACGGGACAGAAGGCCUCUCCUGCCAUCUAUGCCAGAUAAGGCCAUCCUCUGCUACAAAUGAGGCUGGAGCCAUAGGGCCUUCCAUGUGUGCUCUUUGGUUGGUGGUUUAGUCACUGGGAGUUCUGGGGUGUCUGGUUGGUUGAUGUUGUUCUUCCUAUGGGGAUGCAAACCCUUACAGAUCCUUCAGUCCUUCCACUAACUCCUCCAUUUGGGUCCCCAGGCUCAAUCCAAUGGUUGCCUGUGAGCAUCCUCAUCUCUAUUGGCUGUAGGCAUCCACAUAUGUGUCUGGUUAACAUGAAAGCCAUGGUAUAUGUCCAAGUAUCUGUGUCCAUACUAAAACAUAGAGGUCAAAGUGCCCAGCUCAGCCCCAAACAGGCAUCCGCUCCAUGUUAUCCCUCCCCUGUACUGAUCUCCCCAGUGCUGGGAGACAGCAUUUCAGUGCAGGAUUCCUCCCCUCAUCUUCAUUCUGUAACCCAGCCCUUCUUCCUGAAGUUUCUCUAUGAAGUCUUCUAUGGCGGCUCAAGCUGGACCCAAGUGAAAAGGAUCCCCGGGGACCAAUCUCACCACUCUUGUGCUCACGCCCUAAGCACAGUGGAAUCCUUGACCUGGGUAUCUUUCUGUGUGUACACAAGGAGGCCCUACCAUUCUGCCCUUGCUGGACACAUGGAAGCUCCUCAUGUCUAGAGAGGGUCAUCUGCAGGACAAGCCUGGGCUGCUUUGCUGAGGCCUGCCAGCUUUUCCAGCCUCCCAGGUGCCCAGUGACAGGUGAAGCCUCACUUAGGAUUUCCUCCAGGGUGUUUCUAGAGAGCAGCAGAGCCCAGGGGGUUUAAGAAGUCUAUGGAUCACUCAAGCAGGAUCAUCUGGAUGUUGGAUUUGAUAAGGAGAAACAAUGCACAGUUGCAGGACGGGGAUCCCAGGCAGAGGAAAGAAAGGACUUGUGAGCAGCAAAGUGCAGAAGAGCUCCACAUAGUGCAGCCUGGGCUGGUGCUCGGGGAGGCAGCAGGCUGGCAACGCUUCUGUUACUGCCAGGAAAUAGGGCAUUGAGCUCAGAGACCUGAAUCCAAACCAUCCUGCUAUAGGAGGCUCGAACAGCAAACUUAGUGAUUGUGGAUACCAGGUUCAUGAGCGGGAGAUACUGGAGACAUUCUAGGCAUAAUGUUUUCUUCACUGAGGGAGGGAGGGAUGGAGGCAUGAAGAGAGAGAGGGAGUGAGUGAGUGAAUGAAUGAACGAAUGAACGAAUGUGGUCAAUGUAUGGUUAACUUGAGAUCUCAUCGUAGCUCAGUGCUUUCUCCUACCUUCAGGGCACCGCCCUCUCUGUAUGAGAAGCACUCUUAGAAAAUUGCAGGAGGAGCCUCGGAGGAUGUGGAAAGCCUUUCCUUCCCUCUUCUUCCAAAGUGGGGAGCAUCCUGCCUUUGACGGUUAACUGUCCUCCUGAGGGAGAAGCUGACAGUGGAACUCAUGAUGGGGCACCUAUGCCUCAUCAGAGGUGACAGAUCCUCACUAAGUUGUUCUUUGGAGGCAGAAGCCAAUUUAAGCAAUCCCCACAUUCCUAUCAUUCCUUGAGAAACUCCUCCCUCCUCCUACAGACACAGCAGACCUAGGGCACCACCUGCAUCACCUCCCCCAUGCAUCCUUCUGAGGUGCACACUUCUUCAGGGUCUGAUGUCAGCCUCUGUCAGUGAAGGCUGGGUUUUUAUGGCCCAUGUAUGGAAUGAGGGAACAGCAGUUCUGGAGACUUGGGGAGGGCCUACCUAGACAGAAUUUGUUUCAUUAAAGACUGGCAAGCUGCCAGGAUCAAUUUCCUAACCACAGAACAUGUCCUUGAGACCUUCCUUGCACUCAGCUGUCUCUUCACCCUGCUGUCCCCAGGACUGCCCUUUGUUCCCACAAUCCUCUGGUGACUGUAACUGUCCUAGGUCUGUGCUUGCAUGAGGCCUCCCAUAAGCAGAAAGUGGGAGCUGUCCCAUUCGGCCAGGUCUGCCCUGCUCGGACACUGGUGUCACAUUCUCAGAGGCAUGGAGCUGUGCAGCAAGUAAACCCUUGGACACUAGAAAAGUCUCACUCACAGCUGUCAUUCUGGGUGGCAGAACGGUACACCCAAGCCAGCAGCUUACACCAGACCUGACAGCAGCUCUUUCUAGAGACUGAGGCCAAAGGCCUGGUGUUCUGUCCCCUGCAUGCCUCAACUGACGUGGUGACACCUGGCAUAACUCUCCCUCUGUCUAGGCUCUUAGUGAAGUUUGAGUAUUCGGUCUACUUUGUUUUCCUUAUAUUAAAAAAGGAAAAUAGGAGACAGGACCGUGUCCAGACUGUUUCAGUUUUGCAGACAGCCUUCUGGAAAGGGAAAGAAAACUCUGAGAUCUGCUUCCUCAGGUCACCUUGUUAUUCUUUCCCAAGUCACCAUUCUCGGUGACUUUUAUCCAGUACAGAACCUGCACCCCCGGCCAGGUCAACUGCAGCCUCAAUACUGCCCCUUAAUACUGUUCAACUGUGGAGGCCAACAGGCUGGGGCCUGGGCACAGACUAUGGAGACAUUAGGACUUAACUCUGGGAAGAAUCCAAACUUGGCUCAUUCCCUCCCACUUCCCUCAAAUCCCGGGGGUUAGGGGGCUCCACGCCAUCUACUAAGAUCCCAGGGGCAAAGGAAGCCGGCAGUUCCUCUGAACAUCUUAGGAGAUCGCUUCAGGCCGACCAUCACCCUGCUGUGUAGAGUGUCUGAGACGAUUCCUCCUGCCCACCUGAAACUUUGUUCCCUUAGGCUUCAGGCCUGCUUCCCAUCUCCUGCCUUCCCUGUGCCUGGCUCCUGGGGGUGGUCACUGUGUUCUCCACAUUUGGAGGUUGAACUGUUAGAAAUGCCAUGAGGAAGCCUUGUGGGGGGAGAUGCACACAUUUAAUCCCAGCACCCGGGAGGCAGAGGCAGGUGGAUCUCUGAGUUCACUGCUAGCCUUGUCUUAUUGAGGGAGUUCGAGGAUACCAGGGUUACACAGAGGUCUUGAGUCCACCCUGCCCCAAAGUGAGAAAUGUCAUGUAGAGAUAAAGGCAGAGUAUCUGAAUACCUCAUCUCGGGCUCUGGGCUAGUUAAUGUAAGUUAAACAACAGUUUGUGGCAGUUAGGGUUUGCCCAUCCCCCAGAGUGCUAUCCACCAACCCCCUUUCUGCAAGGGGGCGGGCCUAUCAGCCUCCCUUCCUUCUUCGUUCUCUGUCCUGGAACAUCCACUGCCUGGUGAGGACCAGUGUACAAAAUACAAGUGUAUCGUAGGCUACUUUGCAUCGAUGUGGCAGACACUAUGACCAAAAGCAACACAGGGCACACAAGCUUUAUGAGGCUCAUGUGUCCUGAUCCUUGGCCGUCUUUGAUGAGAAGUCAAGGCAGGAACUCCAUCAGGGCAGGAACCUGGAGGCAGGAAGUGAAAGAGAGCCUUCAGAGGAGGGCUGCUGACUGUCUUGCUAACCUGACUGUCCUUCUCAGGACAUGCUGCCCAGUAGUGGCGGAUCCCCGCUGGGGGCCAGGCUGGGGUGAGGUCUUCUUCUUCUUCUUGGUUCUUCCUGAGGCAGCUGAGGGGGGAAAGUACUAGCAAAGCGUAAGACUUUGUCUUACCAGGUACAGGGUUAAGAAUUUGUCUUUCAGGGUUGGGGAUUUAGCUCAGUGGUAGAGCGCUUGCCUAGCAAGCGCAAGGUCGUGGGUUCGGUCCCCAGCUCCGAAAAAAAAAGAAGAAAAGAAAAGAAAAGAAAAGAAAAGAAAAGAAAAGAAAAGAAAAGAAAAGAAAGAGAAUUUGUCUUACAAGCUCUCUGCUGCUCUUCAACACCGUGGAGGAAGUGACUGACCAGGAAAUAGUGAACAAGAAGAGCUGAAGGAGGGCCUGGCUUAGAUGACCACAGAGUAUCGUCCUUGAUAAGACUGCUGAAGUGAAAGGUUUGAUUUGGCUUCUAAGAGCAAGAAAUCUGAGGUUAAAAUAUUUUCCGGAAUUGUCAGAAGACCAGGCCUAGGCAUCUGAUGUUCUCCUUUCCCCGGUCCAGCAUACAGAUAGGAGGAGAAUAGAUUCUUGUAUGUCCUGUCUAUGUUGAUCCAUUAGAACUAGAGUUUCAAGAGGUUGUUAGGCACACUGUAGGUGCUGGGACUCCAACCUGGGGCCUCUGCAUGAGCAGCCAGUGCACAUAACCACUGCCCUGUGUGUCACCACACCCAUAUGAUCUUACUGAGGAUAAACACAAAUGCCAGAUUAACUGGUGGGUUAUCUUCUGCCACAUUGAUUAAAUAUGUCCCUACAGCAUGGACCAAGUUUGCUUUGGUGGAUAUAAAUAGUAGACCCUGGUUUUCUCCUGGGAUUGGUCAGUAGGUGGCCCCUGACAACUGCCACUUCAUUUCCUUGGGAUUGUGUUCUGUGGGCUUUAUGACAGAGCUGGGCUCCCGCUUCUUACCAUGCUGCCUGGUGAAGAUUGACUCUGUGAUGUUACCCCAGCUCCAAGGAUGUCUCUGUGCAGUGGUAUGAUCUGUCCUUGGGUCAGUUGCCAUUCACUAUGCACAGUGAUGUGCAAGGCCCUUGCUAGGGGCUGGAUCCCAGGAUCACUGGUGUGGUGGACAAGCUGUGACCAAGGAGCUGACACUCGGGCAGGGUCCAGGGCACUCGGGAAGACAAAGGUGAUGAGGUGAUGGGAAAGUCAGAAGAUGAGGAGGCCAUCUUGAUAGGAGGACAAUGUUGGAAUCCCAGAAAAAAGAAGCCAUGUUCCUGCCUGGGGCUCCAUCAUUCUUCACAUAUAUAUGCAUGUUGAGUUUCUAAGCAGGUGCCUCCAGUUAUGAUUCUGACCUUAAGUAAACAGUGAAGGGUCACGAGGCUUUUCUGACAGGAACAACACAGGACGGAGCCAAAAUCCUGAUUCUGUGCACCGAAGUCCUUCCCUGUUUGUGGUUGCUGAGGACGGUCUGAAGAGAAAGACGGGACCUGCUGUGUCAGUGAAUGCCCAACCUCUGGAACUCUGUGAGUUGGAACUGUAGUUGCUGCUAAUGCUGCUGCCUCUGAGGCAAAAAUCUAGUUCAGCUCGUGAGAGAAUGAGCUUUCCAUCCCCUAAACUGAACUUUCUGUCUCAGAGCAGACGGUGUGUACACUUGAAAGGAAAGACCAGAUCCUGGUGCUUUCCCACAAGAUGCUGCUGGAUAUGGCCCCGUGGCAGGCCAAGAGCCUCUGUCUGCCAGACAGGAGACACCGUCACUGAGUCCAGCAAGCUCACGUGCAUCAUCACAAGCAGAUGUCGGAUGGAGGUCUGGGAAACACAGUGUGGACACGUGUGAUGUAGGUCCUCCAUUUCAGUGCCUAGACCUAGAAUUCCUCUGCACGUUGGGGCUUGGAAAAUGGCCACGUGCAGAGGGGCUGGCAGUUCAGGUCAGUGGUUAUUCCUCAAAUGUGAGACCUCUGGGUAUCCAACUGUUAUCGAGUGCCUUCUCUUCCCUUGCCUUCCCCCACGCUUCAGCAAGGACGCUGCACACUCGUUUCUCUCAGUGCAGUGGUGGAAAGAGAGAAGAAGGGGAGUAGCACAGGCUUGCCUCUCAAUAUGAUUGGUGUUUCAGGGAAGGUCAUUAGUGGAGGUGCUCAGGGUCCCUGGAAACUCCUCUGUGCUGUCAUCUGACAUGGCACACACUGACAGAGUUCCCUCUGACGCUUGAGAGAACUCCCUGAAGGCAAUUUUUACAUUACGACUGGAGAUGAGACAUUCAGAGGGGGUGAGGCAGUGUGCCCCUGGUCCCACUGAGCAUGAGUUGGGAGCCAGAGGUUGAUAACUUUGACUGACUAAGGGAAACACCAGAUAUCUCUAUGUUGCCCUGGGCUGUUUGAGAGUCAGUGCGAUUAUCUGAAAUAAACCCUCUUCAGUUGCAUUUCUAUCACAGUGACGUGACACUUCCAAGUUAUACUGCAUGACCAUGUGAAGCCAAGGCUCGUGUGCAAAGGGACUACCCAUGUCAUAGCCACAGUCUAGAGCAGAGGGAAAGAAAGGCCUGCAUGAGGCUUGCUUGCUUGUGCUCAUCUAGAGCUCUCUGCUGUCAUGCAGUCUGGGACACGAGCCUAGGGAUUGGCACUACCCAAAGUGUUGUGGCUUCCAUUGUCAGUUAAGGUAAUCAAAGAGGUCCUCUACAGACAUGCUCACAGGGGACUUCAUCUAGAGGACUCCUCUGUGAAGACUCUCCCUCCAGGUCACCUCUCCUGCACUGCUUGAGAGUCUGAUUAAAGACCAUGAAUUGAUCCAGUGGCCACCACAGCUCCCAACAUUGAAAACUCUCAGACUCAUGACUAGACGCUUCAGCUUCUCACUUUGCCUGGGCUCAAGGCUGACGCCUUGUAGUGUGUUCUCUCUGCCAGCUCAGUUUCUCCCCACGUUAUACCUGACACUGUUUUCACUCAGCCAUCAGCUCAUAACUGCGAUGUCUCUACUGUGUCCUCGAGUAAUGCUUCCCAGACAUAGAUGAAGAUUCCUCAGCAGACUUCUCUGCCUUCAUUUGAUCCUUUUUUUUUCUGUUUCCUUUGCCAGGUCCUUUUCCAGGUAUGGAACCCCUCCCUCCAAGACGACUGGUCAGCCUCUCAUGCCAUUUUCCUUGUGCUUCCCUGUUCUUCUUGUGUAGGUCCAAUUCCAUGCUACUAGGGAUCACUGACAAAUCUGCAUGGUCCUACCUCCCAGAAGAUGAGCCAUGACUCCAGAAGUUAGCAUGAUUCCUGACAUGAGGCACUCAGAGGUUCACCACAAAUCUGAAAGCCAAGAUUCAGAUCACCUUAAGUAAGGUCGUUCCUUACUCUCUCUUAGAGACUGAACUGAAAGUCACCGUGGACCUCAUCUUUUAGAUGCUGGAUCACGAGGGAGAAUGAACUAAAAACUCCAUUCUCUUGCCUGUAAGGAGUGAACUCAGUGGUUUCACAAGACUCCCUGAGAUGAAGAGUCGUGACAGGAGCCUGAAGACGAGUACCAAGACACCUCAGUGCUCCUCACAAGAUCACAAAACCAGAAGCCUGUGAAUGUGGCUUUGACAAAACCCCCAUGUAGAGAGACUCCUAUGUACUCUGUAGAAGCAUCUCCUGCCAAUGUAAAGCUGCUGUGCUAUUGGCUGAGGCAGGAGAUAGAAGGGAAGACCAGCAGCAGAAGGAGAGAAUCCUGGGAAAGAGUCAAGAGCAGGAGUGUGACCCUGAAAUCUGAGGAAGUCGGACUCAUGCAACUGAGGCAGGUCAAGCAAAUAUGGAGAGCCCUCACAGGACAUUAAAGAAAAUGCUCGGGCUGGAGAGAUGGCUCAGCCGUUAAAGGCUAGGCUCACAACCAAAAUAUAAGAAAAUGCUCAUAGAACAAAAGGGGGAUCUUGGAUCCCACCAAGACAGUUUAAAUCAAGCUUUAUUGACUUGAAUUUUUAAAAUGCCAAUGAGACAGAUAAUGCAGCUGCUAAAAAGCAUGAGAUCUUAGACAGGCCUGCCGAUUUAGACGAGCACGAAUACAUGAUAACCUCAGAAGAGAAGCCAGCCCAGCUGCUGCAGAGGGGAAGAGAAGAGGAUCUUGUUUCAACAGGAAAAGAAAAACUGUGGACUCCUUCAAAAUUAAUAAAAACCAGAGUUGACUGGGAGAGACCUCCUGAAGACCCUCACUACAGACAAGAAAGAAAUCAUGAAGACCAACGAAACAGAACACUUGUCCAAAAUGUACCUCAUCCUUAAAAGUCCAGCUAUGAGGGCCACUGAAGCACUCUGCUGCCUGUAACUGCUAAACAAGUAAAUAUCUGCCUGUUUGAUCUGCUGAAGCAGAAGCUCACAGAGGGUAGUCACAUUUUCAUGAGAUCGGAAAGGUCCCUGUGGCCCAGAGUGGAAACAGCCAUAGUGGGUUACAGCCUUCUCUGCUCGCUGCAUUUCUCCCUAUGACCUCACAAAGAGCCACUGUGACGGAAGAAUGAGAGCCCUCUGCACAAGACUGUGGACCUGCUAGUUGUAUUUGUCCAUACAAAGCAGGGAGCUGGUUUUAGUAACCUGUGGGACUCCUUAACAGCUGUCAAGUUUGUUGGUUGUCGGGUUUUGUACAUCACAACCUGUGUGCACUAGAGCACAGAGAACACUUAGCCUCAUGGCCAGCAACUCCAAAAAGAAGACUAUGGAAAGUCAGUACAAAGUGCUUUUCACACUCGGCAAGGGUUCAUUUGGCACCGUAAAACUGGCCUUGCACCUAAAAACCGAGGCACUAGUUGCCAUCAAAACAGUAGAGCUCAACAAGAAGACCAUCAGGGGGAUCCUGGCAGAAAUAGCGACACUGGAGACACUGCACCAUCCAAAAAUCGUCAGCCUCUUCCAGAUUCUGGUGACGUCAAGGCACAUAAACUUCAUAACAGAGUACGUUCCAGGAGCAAACCUGUUUGAAAUAAUAAAGGAGGAGGGGCCGCUGCAGGAGGAAGAGGCAAAGGUAACAUUCGGACAGAUAGUGUCAGCCGUCAAGCACUGCCACAGCCUCGACAUUGCCCACCGAGACAUAAAACCCCAGAACAUCCUCAGGGAUCAGGGGGGUAAUGUAAAACUCAUCGACUUUGGCCUGGCCACCAAGUGUAGAUCUGGCACAUUACUGAAACAGCGGUGUGGGACCAAGGGCUUUUAUGCCCCAGAACUCAUACAAGGGGAGCCAUAUGAUGCCAAGAAGACCGAUGUGUGGAGUUUGGGUGUGCUCCUCUAUUUCAUCAUCAUCGGGUACUACCCCUUCAGAGGAAGCACAAUGAAUGAGAUAGAGAAAAAAAUUUCCACUGGGACCUAUGACAUUCCAUCUCAUGUCUCUGGGCAACUUGAAAAUCUAAUCCAUCAGAUCCUCACGCUUUCCCCAGAGAUGAGGCCAUCCAUUGAAGAUAUUGAGAGACAUCCAUGGGUCGAAAAAUGUGAACUAAAGGUCCCAACUGUGAUGGAUCCAGACUACAACAUCAUAGACAUGCUGUGUGGCAUGGGGUUUAAAACCAAUGAGAUCUUGGAAUCCCUUCAAAGAAAGAAAUACGAUGAACCAAUGGGGGCAUAUUUGAUUCUAAAAUACCAGGUAAACAAAGGGAUUGAGCUUGGAUCUCCCACUUCAGCCAAGCCUGUGGAUCCGUGCCCUGCUCCACCCCCAUCGCCAGCACAUCCCACCAUCUCUGGUCUUCCCCUAAAGAGAAGGGCCAGUGAGCCCAACUUUAGCCUCUUCCACAUCAGGCCCUCAGGAAAGCAUGGGUCUGUUGCCUUGGCACUGUCAGGAUACAAGGUGGCCAGAAGUGUCUCCAUGCCUCCCAUUUCUCCAGAUUGUACCAACAAGAAGAACAGUGCUUCUAUCCGUGCCCUUUAUUCUGGACCUGUGGCUGACCCACGUAUCUGCAGCAGCAUAUUGGAGGAUAGAUUGUCUGUGCCAUCUGACCAAGACUCUGACAUAGAAACAUCUCAGAAUAUUGGAUGCGUCAAGAGAUUGGGCAAGAGCAUCAGGGCGUGUCUGUCAGGGCUCUGUUGCCCCCAGGGCUCUGAAGGAAAAGAACCCAGCAUACAUCCUCCAAGAAAGUGGCUCCCCUGAAAGAGGCAGGAGGCCAAAACAAAUGAAGGGUUAGCAGGCAUCAGAGGCGCAAUCUCUGCUUUGUGUUGUGUGUUCUCUGUCUUUAUUCGUGUCUUCUUGUUGGAAAAAUCAGAAAGGUGUACAUUUCUAGGGUCUCCUGGGAUGGUCAGAUGCAUUUCUACUCCAGCUGGAUUAAACCCUGAUCCUGGGCUCACCACCUCAAGAGGAAAUCCGGCUGGACCAUGCCUAGGUGCUAUCUGAUGCAGCUACACUAGCAGUAAUCAGCAAGAGCUGUGGGUACUGCCAAGGUGAAAGGGGAUAUGUGGAGCUGUUGUCCAUGGGGAAUAUAUUCUGAUAGAGACUCUGCUUGGGGACCCAGAGCCUGGCAGAGUGACCAUGGUCAAACACAAAGGGGCCACCUCAGUGUCUCCCUACAAUUCCAUUGGACAGGCAGAGUAAACCAAGUCCUGUGAAGUCUGAUACUGCUGCUUGGAUACCAAGUUCCUGUGCAUCCUGCUGCCCUUCAGAGAGGAGAUGGCUGCAGAGUCAUGAGAAUCUCCACAGUGGCAUUCAGAGCCUGGGCAUACCACACCAUGCUGGUCUUUCCAACCACCUCCUCACCAGUGCAGGGACCUUCACGGCCACCAGGCUCAGGAAAACAAAACCUCCCACGGAUUCCUUUGGGACACCGACCCCUGGCCUUCUCAGCUAUCCUUUCUUUCCAUCAGUUGAUCGAGCUACCAACAAGGAGAAGUGCGCUCCCUGUGAGCAGAGCACACAAGGAGCAGAGAUGGGGAAGCAUCUCUACACAGCUCUGCUCUUCAAAGCUUAACUAAGCCUUCAGUGCAUGUGCUGUCUUGGGCAGCUCCUGUGCAGGCCACAGGACAUUCUGACUGAGAACAAGGCAGCUUCCUACGCCUGUGCAGACCUCGGAUGAACCUUCAUGGCCUCUCACACUAGACAAGCUCCCUUAGGUCUCACUCGGAAGCUUGCUGUCUUCCUGAGAGACCACCCUGGGAAGCUUGGGACAUUGUAUGCAGCUGACAGCAGGAGACUUGGGACUUUGAAAGUGAGCUUGAGGUGUGAGAGCUCCAGCUGCCUCCGGGAUGUGAUGCAGGAUAGCAUUCCCAAGUGUUGCAGCUUAGGAAAGUCCAGGCUUCUGUCUACCAUGACAGCGUGCUGAGUCUCUGUGCUGGGCGGUCCAGGGAACACAAAGUCAAAGGUCAGCCGCCAUGCAGUUCAGUCAGCCUGUGUGAGCUGCUUUCCUGUGGGAAGGGUUGGGGCAGGCACACAGCACAUCUGUCUCUCUGAGCCCAAGAAAGCUGCAAACCUUGUGAGUGAACCUCGAAGGCUUCAGUGACUGAGAAACAAGAACUUUCUGACCAUCUUUCUGACACUCAGUCUUCCACAUCUGAAGAGCCUGGAGGAGGGUCUCCUCUUAUGUGUCAGAGGGUAGCCUUGUGACCAAUGUCACUGGGUUUCCUUGGGAUGUUGUUCCCAGGCCGUGGGCUGUUCGGCACAUCAGGGCUUGGUGUCCGAGCCAUCUGGCUUGCUCUUUGCUUUCUGGGCUGGGCCUGCCCAUGUGCUCCGUCUACAGUCACCUGUGCCCACGUCAUUGCUGGAGUUGUCUUCUCUCACAGGCCCCACUUCACUCUACUUAAAUGCUCGAGACUUCCAGUGUGAAAGCGGGGUCUGAGAUCCAAUCCCGUGUUCGAGGCUGACUCUGUCAGGCUGUGAUCAGUGCUCCCGUCAGAAGACAUUCACGAAACCUGUGCUGUGUGCAAAGCCCUCACUACUUGCUGGAUCCCAGGAUCUUUAGGCCUGAAGACCUACCUGUCGCCAGCAGCAGACAUACUGGCAGAGUCCAGGAAAAACAGGAAGACAAAAAUGGUGGUGUAGGGCCACAUGAAAACAUCUAACAAGAUGACGCCUCCGUCCUACAGGAGCUGGUGCAUGUGGGGUCAGGAAGGACAUAGCUCUCUGACGAUGAGGGCAGGUGGUCAUUACUGCAGAGGAUCACAUCUCAAUACCAACGCUGAACUGGAAACACAGAGUAAAACCCUCCUCCCUGAGCAAGGUAUGCAGGAAUAUGUGAGGCUGUUGUUCACAGGAACAAAUGUCCAGGUGGAAUAUAAUGUGAUUGUGUGGUGCCCGGCAGAGGGACAACGGUCAACGCUCUAAUGGGCCACCUCAGCGUCUCCCUGGGGUUGAGAAGAACACCCAGUGCUGAGCUCCAUCAGUGUAUCAGUGUGGAGCGUCACCCUCUGGAGAAGUGGGAGAGACUGGACUCCCACCACAGUGGACUGCAUUCUGGCCAGUAAGACAGCAACCAACCCAGUAAGGCAGUGUGUGGACAAUGAGACAGAAUUCUCUACAUGGACUCCAGUCACAAGAGCAGGGCCUCUUUGUCAGCUGCCAAAAGCAUUUGGUAAUCAGGGAACAAAACCUGAGCAGAUGCCCUCAAUGCCUCUACGCCGAGACCAAAUGUCAUCCAUCCUCAUAGGACACUUAAGCAGUGUUCUUUCCUCCUCUUCCCCCAUUGGUUCUAUCUCCUAUCAAGGUGAAGACAUUUCCUUCCCGUGGUCAGACCUGAGUCUUUCUCCAGACGUCAGGUAACACAAUUGAAAAGAGGAUCUGGACCUCUCUGUGCUCGCAUGUCUGUAUGGACAUGCAGGACUGCACAGGCUCUGGAAGACUUUUUUGCCAGCUGCAGGAUCAGCUGAGGACCUGCGCUCUCCACAUCUACUUCUGAAAAGCUUGUACGACGUGUCCUCUGUCAAGGCCAUUCUGUGACUGACAGUGAAGUAGUGAUACCCUGGUCUCCAUAUGAACAUACCAAGUCUGCCCCAACAGGGUGCUACUGUCAGUACUGGGACACUGAGGACAGAAGGACUAUGACAGUAGGGCGCUGGAUGCAAUGAUGAUGGUGGCACCUUGUAAUGCCGACAAAAGAAGCUCAGGCCACAAAGGAGGUGGACUUCACCUGUGAGACCUGAGUGACUCCUGGAUCAGAGUCAACACCAACACCCAGGAAUCCAGGAGCUUUGCAUGGUGGAUGCUUCGGUCCACAGUGGGAGAGUGUGAAGUCUGGGGUGCACUCAGUCUGUGUAGCUGCACAGGGAACAAACUAGGCUUAUCUCCCUGGACUUCAGGGUCCCAAUGAGAAAAAUAGGAAGCAUAGGCUUCUUCAUUUGGGAAGGGGAGCCCCAGAUGAUGCCUAUAUCCUGAUCAUUUGUAGGUCUCACGAAUUCUGAGGGAACCUCUAAGGCUUGAAUUACUGUGAAACAUGCUGCUGUGUGCCCCAGAAUCCUGCCUGAGAGCAGCAUUCACACCCAAAUGGCCAGAACCCAAGAGUAAAGGUGAAGGAGGGGACAGGUGUUCUGGUGACCUCUAGCAACACCAGGAUCCCUGAGGCUCACCACCUCCUAAAGCACACGUAACCCAUAUCAGUGCAGGUCACACCAGGGCAGCCGUCGCUGCUCCAGAGAUACUGCUGACAGGAAAGGAAGGAGGCCUCCUCUUCCCUGUUGCGCUUAUCUUCAGAAGAAUCUUGAACACUUACAUCCCUGCAGAUUUCUUAACCUGGCCUGACCGCUAUGCUAAUCUAAGGUUCCAUAUUCUCCCUGUCUGUGACUAAAGAGAAGACCACAGACAUCUGCAACUCUGAUCCUACCCAACUGAGACUCCAGUGCUCAAGGCAAGAGUGGACAGAGACUUCUCAGUCAUACCCAAGAAAAUGUCCAAAAUCAAGCUCUGGGGGAGGUAAGAGUGGGAGAUGCUGCAGUGCUGUGGACAGAGUCUAGAGUCUAGGGAAUGAAGUCUGUCCUCAUUAGGGCCAGGAGACAAAGGAGGAAUGGGGGAGCAAACACAGAUGACAUUGGUGUCCUGAUGUAAAGCCCAAGAUCAAGGGGGGGCUACUGAGAAUCCUGAGCCCUGUGAGAGUGACCCAGGACAUGAACAGUGGGUGGACAUGGUCCCCAACACUUCCGGCUGCAGUGUUGUUACCAUGACCUAUAGAAGCACAUGUCCCAGUGGACUAUCCUCUGACAAGGCUACUCUGCCCUUCAAGCUCAUGGGAUGACUGCCCUGACUCCAUCCAGGAGACCUGGCCUUAGAAGUUACUACUAUCACGGAGGUGAUGGUAAGGCCAGGAGGACCAUGACAGUGGGAGGCUGCAUGUGAAAAUGAAGGGUGGCCCAGCAUUACCUGGAAGCUACAUGGUUUAACCCCUGAGUCCCUCUUCAGACCUUCAUUCUAUGCUGGUGUCCUCCUAGUCGCAACUCUGUCACCAGAAGACAGCAAUGUCUUCCCAGAAUCCCUCAGCCUUGCUUCUCAGUCUUGAGACUUGAAGAGCCUAGAGGAGGCCUCUACAGAUUAGUCAGUGGGUGGCCCCUGAUGUCUGCCAUUUCAUUUCCUUGGGAUUGUGUUCUGUAUGUGCACUGUCUGAUACAGCUUGGCUCUCAGUACUUACCAUGCUGCCUGUUCAUCAUGCCCUGGACUGUGCCUGCCCCUGUUCCCCUGUAGCAUCAUGGAAGCCAUCGCUCCCUUCAGAGGCCUGACUUCAUUCUUACCGGCAAGGAUUUAGGGUGAAGAUUGGCUCUGAGAGGUGACCCCAGCUUCCAUCCUGUCUCUAUACAUUCAUGUGAUCUGUCCUUUAGUCAGUUGCCAUUCACUAUGCACAGUGAUGUGCAAGGCCCUCGCUAGGGGCUGGAUCCCAGGAUCACUAUUGUGGUGGACAAGCUGUGCCCAAGGAGCUGACACUCGGGCAGGGUCCAAGGCACUCGGGAAGACAAAGGUGGUGAGGUGAUGGGAAAGUCAGAAGACGAGGAGGGCAUCUUGAUAGGAGGACAAUGUUGGAAUCCCAGAAAAAAGAAGCCAAGUUCCUCCAUGGGGCUCCACCAUUCUUCUCAUAUAUAUGCAUGUUGACUUUCUAAGCAGAUGCCUCCAGUUAUGAUUCUGACCAUCAGUAAGCACUUAAUGGUCAUGAGGCUUCCCUGACAGGAACAAAACAGGACUGAGCCAAAAUCUCAUUUCUGUGCUCCAAAGUCCUUCCCUGUUUGUGGUUGCUGAGGACGGUCUGAAGAGAAAGACGGGACCUGCUGUGUCAGUGAAUGCCCAACCUCUGGAACUCUAUCCUGGUGCUUUCCCACAAGAUGCUGCUGGAUAUGGCCCCGUGGCAGGCCAAGAGCCUCUGUCUGCCAGACAGGAGACACCGUCACUGAGUCCAGCAAGCUCACGUGCAUCAUCACAAGCAGAUGUUGGAUGGAGGUCUGGGAAACACAGUGUGGACACGUGUGAUUUAGGUCCUCCAUUUCAGUGCCUAGACCUAGAAUUCCUCUGCACGUUGGGGCUUGGAAAAUGGCCACGUGCAGAGGGGCUGGCAGUUCAGGGAGCAGGGACAAAUCUGCACGGUCCUACCUCCCAGAAGAUGAGGCGAGGCGUUGCGGUUAGCAUGACUCGUGACAUGAAGCACUCAGAGGUUCACCACGAAUCUGAAAGUCAAGACACCGACCUCCAUUAAUAUUGUCUUCCUUAGCCUUCCCUUAGAGACAAAACUGAAAGUCACCGUGGACCUUAUCUUUAACAUGCUGAGUGCAUCUCAACAUUGAUCAUCGUGAAUAGACCUUCUAACCAACACUGAGAAUUCAUUUGCCAGAAAAUGGAACAUCCUUGUGGAAAUGACAUCUCUGGACCCUCAUAAGCCCAUCCUGGUGGAGGGUAGAGCUCUGUCAGUCAUGGGAGCAGUGCGUCUCUGCAGGUCAAGAUGAGUGGAUUCGUGGAAACUUUUAUCAAAAUGUGUUAAUGAUCUCAAGCAUUUGACUGUUAACUAUGGAGGAAGAACCAUUGGCCAUCAUCCUCACCCGUGGAUGUGUCUAUAUGUCCGUCCCAGCCCUUGAGCUGUCAAGUCUCCAGGGAAAACUUCGUAGGGGAAGGUGCAGGAUCUACGUGUGGGUCUCUUUGCUUGCCUUCAGUACACGGAUAACACAGCCACACUUAGGGAGGAAAACAAAGGCCUUGAGACGCCACGCUGUUCACCAGCUCUAGCAAUGCAGGAGCAGAGCCUGCAACCAACAUCAAAACUUUUGAGUCUGAGGACCCUGUCACCUUCCCCAGGACAACUACGAUGCCACUGGACAGGCAAGUAUGGCACAAGUUAACUCUUUCCAAAAAGAGCCUGACUGUCCUAGUGCAGAGAGCCCCCAAGUCCCCUCUCUCAGCCUCCUUCUGUUCUUGUAUGUCUCCUUGGCUAGCACUUCAGUGAGCUUCUGAUUCUGCUGACAGGAGAGCUCCACCGAAAAGCUCAGACUUCAGGUUAGAGGGACAAGUAUAGCAAGGACGGUUUCUUAUGCAUUGGUAGGGGUGCUAGGAAGUCUGGGAGGUGCAGACUGGUGGGAAAAGAGCUGGAAACAUAUUCUGCAAGAAACCAUUCUUCUCUCAACUUACACAAGAUCCUUCAUUUUUUUUCUCCAUAUUCAGCCUCUUGUCAAACAUUUUGGCCUUGCUGAUGUCCACCGCUUAGCAGUAGAUUGCAGCCAAGUAGCCUGGGCUCUAUAAGGAGGGACCACAUCCUUAGGAAGUACUUGGAAAGCAUCCAUGCACAGGAGGAAAGUUCAAAUCCAAAGUCUCAUCAGAGAUUCCAGGAUACAGAGAGCCUGACAGCCUCAGGUCAGAGGUUACCUUGAAUCCUAGAAGAGGAAGAAGGCCCCACUCCACAGAAGAAGCUUGGUGAUGAUGCUGUUGCAACCAGGACUAGGAAUGUGACACUUGUGUCUGUGGAUACCGGGUUCAGGAGUCUUGUGCCCAGGUAUCCACAGUCCUCAGGUACCUCAUUUGGUGGAAUUUUGCAAGUUCUGACAUUGUCAGUGUUAUGUGCUAGUCGUGUCCCACUUGACACAUAAGCUAAGAAAGAUAACCUCUGAGUGGAUAUAGGAUAAGAUUUAAACUUAGGACUACAUGCAGCCAGAAAGAUGAAAUCUUUCAGCCAGGGGUUGAGACAUGUCUACUGGCUGAGGAGCUCACUUCUCAACGGCUCUCCUGAUAGCAUACACUGGGAGAGUAGGGUGGGGAAGAAAAGAGGUAUCCUGGGGUUUCCCCUGGCUCCUUUAGUUGUAUUCCGGGCUUUCUGCAGCAGCACAUGACAUGCAAGUAAUAUGUUGCUAAUACUUUACCCAGUCUUCCAGCUGGCAAACCCUUAAAGCAAUCCUUUGGUGUGUGUGCACUGUUUUAAUAAUAUAUACAGCCCUGGCUUUAUGUAACUCUAUGCUUCCUCAAGAUUCCUAGGUCCCAUGAAGAUUUUAGCUUGUUAAAACAGAUGUCUGGAAUGUGGGGCUUGUAAAAUUGGCUGUUGCCUCAAAAGUGCAACCUGAUGAGGGUUUGACAUAGACGCCCCAUCAUGAGUUUCACUGUCCUCAGGAGGACACGUAACCAUCAAACAAGGAUGCUCCCCAUUUUGCAGAAGAAGAGAUAAAAAGACUUCUGAAGCUUCUGCAACUUUCAAAAAGUGAUCCUGAAGCAAGGAGAAGGUGCUGACUUAGGAUGAGACCUCGAGCUCAUAUGUUCAACACAAAAAAUCCAUCCAUCCAUCCAUCCAUCCAUCCAUCCAUCCACUCACCCUCUCUCAAACAUUCCUCCCUUUCCUCAAAAAAUGUGCCUAGAAUGUCUCCAGGAUCUCCUGCCCGUGAACCUGGUCUCUAAAGUCACUAAUUUUGGGCUGCACUAUGCGGAGCUCUUCUGCACUUUGCUGCUCACAGGUCCUUUCUUUCCUCUGCCUGGGAUCCCCGUCCUGCAACUGUGCAUUGUUUCUCCUUAUCAAAUCCAACAUCCAGAUGAUCCUGCUUGAGUGAUCCAUAGACUUCUUAAACCCCCUGGGCUCUGCUGCUCUCUAGAAACACCCUGGAGGAAAUCCUAAGUGAGGCUUCACCUGUCACUGGGCACCUGGGAGGCUGGAAAAGCUGGCAGGCCUCAGCAAAGCAGCCCAGGCUUGUCCUGCAGAUGACCCUCUCUAGACAUGAGGAGCUUCCAUGUGUCCAGCAAGGGCAGAAUGGUAGGGCCUCCUUGUGUACACACAGAAAGAUACCCAGGUCAAGGAUUCCACUGUGCUUAGGGCGUGAGCACAAGAGUGGUGAGAUUGGUCCCCGGGGAUCCUUUUCACUUGGGUCCAGCUUGAGCCGCCAUAGAAGACUUCAUAGAGAAACUUCAGGAAGAAGGGCUGGGUUACAGAAUGAAGAUGAGGGGAGGAAUCCUGCACUGAAAUGCUGUCUCCCAGAGCUGGGGAGAUAGAUCAGUGGGAGAAAUGACAUGGAGUAGCUUUAUUUUUAGGAUGAGGUAGGCACUUUGAUCUCUAUGUUUUAGGCUGGACACAGAUACUCAUAUCAAAAGUUUUCAAUGAUUUGAGCUUGACAAUGUAUUUCAGGUUAUAAGGGAAAUGGAACAAACAUUUUAAUAAGUGAAUAACACAUUAAGGUGUGGAGGUCUCUAAGUGGCUUGAUGGAGGUCACACAACAAAUGAGGUCUCUGGGUCUCUUCAUUCUGCAGCCUGCUGCCGCCUUUGAUGACCUGGAUCAAUUAUUCCUCCCACUGCAUCUCCCCAAUGCUUUUACAUAGCUCACACUGCACGCUGUCUCUAGACAAAUAUCUAUUAUCAUGAUAUCAAUUGCAUUUAGGAAAAUUCUCAUACUUGAUCACAAAAUUCAAUCAAUGUUUUAAUUGGGCAUGAUACCUGGAUGAUAUUCCUAUGAUAUAACCCUGGGAACAUUGCCAUUUCAGAAAGCAGGUAACAGAUGAGUAGAUUCCCAGUGACAAUCCUUCAAGGUUUACAGAGGCUGUCAUUCUCUGGGUCCUUUUAGAACUUGGAUUUCUAGCUGCAUUUCAGUGCAUGCUAAAGUCCUGCGCUAGUGACAAAAUCUUAACGUGUCUCCCUGUGAAGGUCUGUCUGUCUCAAAACAUCCCCCAGGUGUGAGGGCACUUCAAUCUGGGGAGGAUUCAAGGAUCGAACCCCUUUGAGCUGCAAGCGGUACAAGCACCAUUGAAAGACAAGCCUGCACUCUCUCCUCUGCCUCCUCUUGCCUCCUCUCAGUUUGCAGCCCAGGGUGUUGCCUAAAUGCCAAGGGCAUAUGGCUCCUGAGUUUCCCGAAGGUCAUAUAAGGGACAGCCACUGCUGAACAUGAAGGAGCUGUUCAUGUUCAGGGAACAACAGAAGAAAAUGAAAAACAUGGAGACCCUUUUGCCCCAUGACAUGUCUUACAGGGGAACGUUGUUCUGAGCACAGAGGCCUGAGGAGCUGUGGAUAGGAUCAAUGCUUCUUUCUUUAUGGGGUAUAGAGAAGUAUAUGACCAGGGUCCAAGUCUUUGUGAAGGGUCCUUCAGAAAAAUCAGUUUAUGUCAGCUCUUUCAAUAUUAAGUAUGUCCCCAUUGUUUUCUCAAAUUCUCUUCUGGACAGAUGAUGUGUGUACAAUUCUGGGCCAGGCAAUAAAGCUUGAAACAGGA